AUGUGUAUUUUUGAGGAUAACUUUGAUCUUGGUUCUUUUUUCCCAUUUCAUACAACACCAGAUGCAGAUGGAAAUUGUUUGUCAAGUAUCAAUGAUUUCAUUGGAAAAAUGGGUGCACUUUUGACAAUGGAAAAAAUUGAUCUUCUUCGUUUUCAUGUGAACGAAUGUGGGAAGAAAAGUAAGAAUGUAGGAAAAAAAUAUUUGAAAAUGCUCAAGUGACAAAAUGCCAAAAAAAACACACAAUGGCUCAACUCAUUUUUUAAAGAUAUUGCCGGUCUGAUCAAUGAUCUCAACUCAAAGCCUCCCAAACUUCCUACAAUUGAUAUAGAUUUGUCAUCACCGAGCACAAUAAUAAAUUUCCUCAAAGAAAUCGGAUAUGAUGUUGGAAAGUUGGGAAGAACCCCUGUUCCCUGUUAAUUGUACUUUGAAAUUUUUCAAUCGUGAAUUUUUUUUGUUUUGUAUUUUAAUGAAAAUGAAUUUGUCUCGUAGUCAGUUAGUUCUCUUUGAUUUUUUAAAACUAUAGUGAAGCAAGCAAUAUAAUUUGACGCGCGGAGCAAUGGGGCGAUUGGGUCACCCAGUUCAUUAUUAUUUUUCUCUAAUUUUGGGAAGGAAAAAGUCUAAUAAAAACAUUUUUUCAGGUUAACGAGAUGGAUGCUACAAGUAUACAAAUUGAUAGGAAUAAUGAAUUAGGAAGUCAGGAAGAUCCAUUUAAAAUUUUUAAUACUCCUCAAUCGAAACAAAAUGAUGAUAAUAUUCGAGAACAAUUUCCGAAUACUUCACCUGAAAAUCGUGUUGAUAUUUCUACAAAUGCUUCACCACAACAUGUUGAUAAUUAUCCAAAUGAAUAUUCGGACAAUGAUAGUUCUAAGAGUGACGAAUCAUAUCAAAUGAGAAAGGCAAGGCAAAUAAAUUUUGGCGACUCAUCGAGCGACGACGAAGAACGAAGCCAAAAUGUUAUGGAUGGAGAAGAAGUAGAGGAGGAGGAGGAUGAUGAAGAAGUUGAGGAGGAGGAGGAGGAUGAAGAAGAGGAAGAAGAGGAAGAAGAGGAAGAAGAGGAAGAAGAGGAAGAAGAGGAAGAAGAGGAAGAAGAAGGAGAAGAAGGGGAAGAAGAAGAAGGGGAAGAAGAAAGCGGCGAGAGAAGGAAUCCGAAAAAACAAGUGAAAAAUAAGCAGGUGAGAAUUUAGCCAUUUUGUCGCAUCCUUUUGGUAAAAUUGCCAAGUCCUUGCGGGAAUGACUAUGAAUUGAAAGAUUAUGGAGCUAUUUAGAUUAAUUUCUCAACCAAAAAACAGGAGGAGAAAGGAGGAGAAACUCCAUUCAGAAAACACAAAAAAAGGAGGAGAAACUCAAUUUCUCAACCUACUUUUUUGAGAAAUUUUAAGUUUGAAAAAUAUUUUGAGCAGCGCCGUUUAACUAAAAAAAUUGAUGACUUUAGCAUCAGAAUGCUUUUUUGACCGAGCACUUUCGUUAACUUUGAGCCUAAAAAUAAUAAAUAAAUAAAUAAAUAAAUAAAUACGAUUUUUUGAAAGCGUAGGUUUUUUUUAUAUAAAAAUUUAGUCAGUUACCGUAACUCUUGAAAUAGAUUUUUAUUUCCUUAAUCCCGUUGGGCUUUUUCUUACCUAUCCCUAAAUCUUUCAUUUUUGCGUUGAUUCCACCCCUCAAAACCGUGUCAGGGAUCAAAAAAUGCGCGAAAUUGUUGGGUAGUAAAUACAUCGUGUGCUGGGUAUUUGCAGAAAACUAAAUACUCUUCAGAAAAUUUUAAAUAAAGCUCAAAAAAGAUGCCGAUCCAAAAUUUAUAGAAAAUUAAGUUCUGUGUGACAUGUUUUACUUCAGACUGUAAGUUUUUAAUUUAGAUUUUUGAAUUCAAAAUUCAAGUUCGAAAAAUAUUGUUUCCUUCUUCUUUGAAGACUGUUCUAUUUUCUUGAAAUCCCUUUUUCAAUGCCUUUUUUCCCUAUUUUUCCUGUUCAGAACCGAUUUGUAUAAUUUUGAAGUUCGAAAAACAAAAGUGCAGAAUCUACGGAAUCCAUACGAAAUCUCAUAGAAAACUGUUCGGAUCUGAACAGAAAUUUUUAGAGGAAAAAAGAUGGGGUUUGAUUUUUUAAGCCUAAAUUCUAUGCAAAUGUUUCUUUAAUAAAACUUCUGAAAAGUGGAUUCCGAGAUGAAUUUUUAUCAGAUACUACCUCAGAAGCUUCAAAAACCUUGAUUUGUCAUCAUUUUUGGCGGAAGAAUUCGAAAUUGCUUGAGCUUAACUAUAUUGAUACUCCCAAACACAUCAAAACUCACUUUAAAAAAUUCACAUCGAAGCCUUUACUUCUCUUCUUGUGAGAGAAAUUAUUCAAUAUCUGAAAGUUCGAAAAAAUUUUGAAUUUAUCUACAGUAGUUUGACUCACUUUAUUUAAAUUUAUUUUUCAAACCGAUUAGUAGUAGAGUAAGAGCGAGAAAUGAUCAAAAAUGUCCCGCUAUGACUGAGCAAUAAAAAGAUCAGAUAAGAUACGUGACCUAGCCAUUUUUUCUGAUUAAAAACGUGCUCAUUCUUUUUAGCACGAAAAAAGUUUUGAUUUUUCACAUGAAAACUCGCGAAAUCUGAAUAGAGUUUCUCCUCCUUUCUGCUUCCAAUUAGGCGACGCAAAAGAUCGACAAGAAACUCUAAACGUGCGCAGCUUUGCUAAAACGUUGCUAGGAGCUUCCAAUUUUCCGAACUUUUCCCGAACCAUAUUGUCUAAAGUGUGAUUCAAAUAUGAGCAGCCUUAACUUAAACAGAGUGAAUUUCCAGAGAAAUCGACAGGAAGUGGAAAUACAGAAAAAAGAAGAAAUCGAAGAAAUGAAACAACGAGUGAACAACUUUUUGUUUUCUGUUGUUAAACAGAGUAAAAUCGAGCUGAAUUCAUCUCAAUUGGUUGUAACAAAAGAUUUCUGCCUCGAUCAACGAAAGAAAAUCGAGAAAAUGCGAGAAAGAAUAAGAAAUGGAGAAAGUCUAGAAAGCGAAGAUCCAAUUACAAUACGUAAGAAGUGAGUAUUUUUCAAAGGAGCUUUUUAAAGAAACACCCUUGUAUAAUAAGGCCAUUGCUAAAUGCUUUCAAACAUGGUAAAUAGAUGAUUAUUAUUUCCAGAGAUGGCCAAUUUCUUGUUGUUUCUGGACGAGCCCGAGUUGAAGCCUACCAGAACGAAAAAGAUACGAAGGUAACUUUUUGACUCUGUUUUUGAAUUAACGGCCACAUUGAGAAAGGAGAAAGGGGGAGAUUUUAUUGAAACAACCGGAAAAAUAUCCAUAAACUUUUCUCAACAUAAGUUGAAGUUUAUGGAAAUUCAUCAACGUAUAUAAGGCGAGGGUAGUCUCAAAAAAGUAGUUUUUUGCAUAAAACCAGAAUUGAAAAACCAUUCAGAAAAAAAACAUCAUGUAAUUUUUUGUAUUAAUUUUUUGUUUUAGUUUUGGUGUAGGCACACGCUAUUUUUAGAACAAAAACUUUUGGUUUAGUUUUGAAUGUGUACAACCAAAUUUCGAUGAAUAAUCUAAACAAAAGACAAAUUGGUAUUUAUAACAAAAAAUUAUUUCAAAGUUAAAGAAAAAUGAGCUUCGGCCGAGUUUAGAAAAGAAGACGAUGAUCGAAAAUGAUUCCAGAGCGGUGAAUUCACUGGGCAGCGGCUUCUGUAAUAAUAAUAUUUUUAUUUGUUAUUGAUUUUGAUUUCAAAUUUCGUUUUGGGGUUUUUAUUUACCAGAUUUUUUUUCGACAAUUCUAAAAGGGUAGGGAAAAAAUAAGUCAAUUUUUUUAAUUUUUAUGUGACCUAACGUGCUCGAUGCAUCAUGCCUCAAAAUGCUCGAAAAAUUGACUGAAAAUUCGAAGAAUUUCUACAGCAGCCUCGAAAAAUCGAGCAUUUUGAGGCAUGAUGCCUCGAGCACGUUAUUUUUUCUCUACCCUUUUUGAAUUGUCGAAAAAAAUCUGGUAAAAAAUAAAAUAAAAACUCAAAAAACAAAAUUUGAAAUCAAAAACAAAUAAAAAUAUUAUUAUUACAGAAGCCGCUGCCCAGUGAAUUCACCGCUCUGGAAUCAUUUUCGAUCAUCGUCUUCUUUUCUAAACUCGGCCGAAGCUCAUUUUUCUUUAACUUUGAAAUAAUUUUUUGUUAUAAAUACCAAUUUGUCUUUUGUUUAGAUUAUUCAUCGAAAUUUGGUUGUACACAUUCAAAACUAAACCAAAAGUUUUUGUUCUGAAAAUAGCUUGUGCCUACACCAAAACUAAAAAAUCUAUCUAGAAAAAAUUUAUCACUCAACAACUUUUCUUAAAACCGAAGAGAAUGCUGCUUCCUAUAUUUUCAGAUUUUUUUGUUUUUAUGCAAAAAAUCACUUUUUUGAGACUACCCUCGCCUUAUAUGUUACGUGGAAUAUUUUUUCAACGCAUUUCGAGAAAAAUCUCUUGAUGGUUCUACACUGCUCCACAAAAAGUCUCAAAAUUUUCAAAUAAUCGAAAAAUUAAAGUUCUCAGUAAAUGUUUGUUUUUUUUUAAUAUAUAAAAAAUUCAAAUGGGACACUAAUUUAUCUCAGAAAUCAAUUUUUGGGUUUAUAAGUCACGAAAAUAAUUUUUUUUUGAAUUUUUCAAAUUUUUCAAAAAAUCGAAAAUUUCCGAUCCACAAAAGUAUGGCCUCACUUCAAAAAAUCGCUCUGGAAAUGGUUUUUUGGGUUAGAUAACUUCGGUUAUUGUUGAUAAGUACUCAUACGUCAGGGUAUUUUUUUAGGGAUGGCUGACAUAUUAUUUUUUGUUUCAGAUAACUGUUGGUAUAGUAUCAGAAAGUGAUAUCAACUCAUAUGUUACUCGAAAAAUUCUGAUGGACACCACCACACAUGUAAAUACAAACUUGAAGGUGAAUUUCAUUGGGAGUCUUAUUCAUUUUUUCUUAAAAAUAUAUUCUAUUCAAGAACCAACUUUCAGAUACGAUCUAUAGUUUUUAUUGCAAACUAUUGUAAAUUUCCGGCCAACUUCAUCAGAAACAGCACCGUAGCUGCUAUCAGAAAUGUUUUCGCAAAUAUAGUAAAAGUGAGUUUACUGUUCUGAAAACUCAAAUUAAUACAACAUCCUUUGUAAUUUUUGAUUUUUUAGAGUUGUAAUGUUAAUUUGAUAAAAUUAUCAUUGAUCGAUAUACAACUUCAAAAGCUUAUUCUCCUAACCAGCGAAAAACACGAAUUGAGCGGAAGAAUGAUUUCUCUUAUACUUAAUAAAAUGAAGUACAAUCAAAAAGGAUGUUUACAAGUUCUGAAGGAACAUAUGGAGAAUCCUAUCCCUAUUGCAAAAUCCCUGUCUAUUGUAAGUAAUUUAUAUCUUUUUGUUCAUUUUAUUCUCUAAAGUUUUCAAUAAUUUUGAAACGUUUUUUCAGGAACUCAAGAAUUUGAAGCCGGAUUUGUUGUCGGUGUGUGUGUUGAAGCAUCUUCGAAACUCCACAAUUGAUUUCAUAUUAUCAAGAUUUAGCGGAUCGAUAGAAUUUACGGAAAUGCUGAGGUGAAAUUUUAUUUUUUUUUUUUCAAUUUAGGGUCUUUAAGGCGAGCCUGAGGCGGGCAAAAUUUGUAAAAACCCAGGUGGGCAAUUUUUUAUCCACUUCUCUAGGUUCUUGGGUGAGGUUUGGUUAUUGCACAGUAUGAUGAAAUUCAGUGAAAUUCAGAUUUUCAGAAUUGUUUCUCGCCUUUUUUUGGAUUGGUAUAAUUCUAGUUUUAACAAAAAAUGUAGAGUAAUUGAUCGGGUCUUUCAAACUUUGGAGUUUAGACUUCAAAAUAAUGGGGACCAUAUAUUUAUUCUUGAAAACGAAAUGGAUGACAAAAAAUGUAACGUGAAAAUUUUCAGAAUUUUAAUAACUUUUUUCAUUUUCUUAGCAAAUUAUCAAAAAUGAAAUACCCACAUCGCGUGCCCGUAGCGCGUGUUUUCUGAAACAGAUUCAUCUAUUUCUUAUACACUAAUUUUCAGCAAAAUGAGAUCAAAGAAAUCGCGGCCUCUUGUAUUACAUGCCAUACUCGACAAGUGGAAUGCGUUGCAAAUUGAAAAACCGGCAACGAAAGUGAUGUUGGUUCGAGAUAAAGUGUCACCGGAAAUUAUAUUUUCAAAUAGAUCAGUAGGUUUUUGAAUUCAAUAGAAAUGCUGAAUUUCAUUUACAAUUAGGAAACUCUUUGAAAAAAAUGUUAUUGGUUAAGAAAACAAGUCGAAUACUUUGUUAAGUACACAUGCUUCCAACAAUUUCGAAUUUUAGCAGUUCUGAGAUAACCACAAUUAUCUCAAGUAAAACUGUUUAGUUAAAGUGUCUUAUAAUCAACGUUCCAGAAUCAUUUCUGGAAUUGUUAGAUUUUUUGGAAAGACUCGAACACAAAAAAAUGAACUUGACGGAAAAUCCACGAAUCGACAUUCAAGUUUAAUUAAAAAAAAAUGUUUUUCAGAUCCAGGAACUCUCUCGAAAGUACACGCUAUCCAAUGGAACUGUUUUAAUUCUCACCACGAGUAACGCGGAUAAUCAGUGCACAUUCAUUACCAGUUUGUUGUUGGAUCGCGAGAAUUGGGUUUUAAAAAAUAAGGGUACGUUUGACUAUCAUUUAUAUUUUCUGAUUUUGCGCAAGAAAAUACUCUACGGCGUGGAUUCGAAAACUAAAAUAUUUUGAAUAAUUUUCAAAUGGUCAAAGAUUUCAAUGAAUCGAACAAAAAACCGUGUUAGUAACUCUGAACGGAAAAAGAGGGGUUUAGGAAAAAAAGAAGGGUUUUUGAAAAAAAAGAGGGGUUAUGAAAAAAAGAGGGGUUUUCAAAAACUUGAUUUUUUAGAAAGCUUGGAACGAUAUCCAAAAGUUGAUUUCAGAAGUAGCUUUUGUUCAGAAUUUCAAACUUAAUCUGAUCCUUGCGCUCAAAUUUUAUGAAAAGUGAAAAUAUUCCCACAUUUGAGAGCAUAAAGAUUUAAAAACCCCUCUUUUUUGUCAAAACCCCUCUUUCUUUCGAAAACCCCUCUUUUUUUUCUAAACCCCUAUUUUUUUCUAAAACCCUCUUUUUCCGUUUAGAGCCAAAAUUUCAAGGACACGGCAUGUCCUAAGAAAACAGCUCAUGUUUGAUAAACCGUAAAAAAUUUGAAAAGUUUACUGAAUUAAUUAUUGUCAAUCCGAAAAAAUAAGAACUGUGGAAGAGAAAACCAAAAUAGAGUAGACUUCGCGGCUGCUUUGAUAUUUUGUAUUGAAAGAGGAAAUAUUUGGUUUUCUAGGCCAUAUCGGUUCUCUUCCAACGGUCACAAAAUUUCGGACUGACAAUAUUUAUAAUUUGCAUAAAAGCUAAUUUCACACGAAACAUAAACUAAAGCUUUUCAAUUUUCUUGAGUUUGAAAAAUUUAUUUUCCAAAAUGUUUUCGAAAAAAUGAAGUUUCGCUCAAAUAUCCGUAAGAAUCGUGACUACAUAGUAGAUAACUUAAUAAUUUUGGCUUGUUUCAGAAUAUAUUGAUACACUCCAAGUAUAUGUGCUGAUGUUACAAAAUGGAUCCAUUUGCUCAAAAUCGGAAUAUUUGAAUUUCCAUGAGCAACGUUUCAAGGACUCCGCCAACUCAUCUCUCAAAAUUGAUGACCUAAUAAAAUAUUUUAAUGCAUUCGAUAAAUUGUUUGUAGAACUAGACGAAGUUCAUGUUGGUGAGUUAUAUUUUUUGUUUUAACCCGACAAAAAAAACAUUACAGAAAAGAUUAGUCGACUGUUUUUGCAUUUGAAAUCAAUUCACACCACGGAUAUAUCCACACAAAAUUAUAUUCACGAAUUAUUCCUCAAAAAAUUGUAA